ACGUGACAAAUAGCGAUAGUUAAUGGAUCAUUGAUGGCAUAGAUUUUGUUUGAACAAGGCAAAAUCGCAUGGAAGCUCAAGCCAUGCAUUUUAUAUUUGGUGCCGAAUCCGCGAAAUCUUCCUUUUUUGUGUAUGCCAAUGUUUCAAAAACGCCACUUCAAAGGAGCAGUGACGGUAUAAAGUACAGCUCUAUGAAACGUUAAAUUGCCACCACGGAACGAAGCAUUCAAAACAUGCAGUAGCAUGCAGAAUUUGAGCCCUAAAUCCGACACGUGAAAAAUCGUGCUCUUCCACACUUGAUUUCUUUCGCUGCAGCGAUUAUCUCCAGGGCAACGAAGAUUUGACGCAAAGUAUUUAUUUUUAUCGUUGGUGUGUAACUUAUUUAGUUAUUUUCCCGAUUUGUUUAUGUUUAUGGGAUAAUAGGACGAACAGAAUCUGAAAAUGUCUCACAUGGGUCGGAACCCGAAUAAGAGUGUUCUCACGUCUCGAAUGACUGGAAAUCGCACAAGCGGAAUUCUCACAAACACAAGUCAAAACAGGUUUACGAGUAGAAGGAGUGAUAUUACCGCUUCACAAAGUCGCAAAAGUGUGAGUGUGAGUGAAUCAAAAUUGGGAGAUUCAAGAAUUGGUGGACAUGUUGGAAGAAUUGUGAGAGAUGAAGAUGGAAAUGAUGUUACUCCAAAGCGAUUGUUCAUUCAAGAUCCGAGUAAUGUACCAAAACAUCAAAGUCAAUUAUUUGGGAGUGAUCAAUCAACUGUGGGAACACCGACUGAUUUCAUGUCUGCAGCAUCAAUUUAUCAGACGGGGACAACCAGUGCAUACGCACAACCUUUCAGCAGGUCCAUAUUUGAUGCCACAUCUAAUCGUUCAGCGAAAUCCAAGACAAUGUCAUCAAUCGAUUCUAAUGGUGAAAUAACAGAAGGUGGACCUGAAAUAACCACAGGUUUAGCAGAUGUUCAAAUUAUGAGACAGGAAGUGAAAGAAAUUUUGAAAGAAGAGGAUUUAAACAAAAUCGUUGAUAUCACGUUAGAGGAAAGCGAUACAAUUUGGUUAUUUGAACAAAAACAAACUGCUUUGUCCACAGAAGGAGAGGAUUUCGCAGAUAUUGAUAAACGAAAUCAAGCCUAUGAAGAAUUGGUCAAAUCAAGAGCUGGCAAUGACAGAUAUGUUGCAACUGGAAUGCAGACUUUUAACGAUGCUUUCAAACACAAGGAUAUUCAAACAGAAAGGAUCGGCCUAGUGGAAACCGGUGUAACUGUAACAAAUUGGGACAUGUAUGAUACCUACCAAAAAGAAGAAGCGAGCAAGCCACCAGCCACAUCAACCGGUCGAGCCACCGCAACAUCUGGUGAUAUCAGUCGACCAAUGAGUACCAUGAGCGUGACAGGCAGCAAACUUAAGAGUGAGGAAGAAAGUAUGUCAACAUCACAAAUUACAGGAAGCAGGGCCAGUAUGAUAACAGCAUCUGUUGCUGGAGAACCGGAAAACGAAUCACGUACAAGAUCAAAAUCUGUGGUAUCAAAUUAUGAUCCGAACUCAGACCCCGCAGUGGAGGCAAUUUUGAAUUCAGAUGAGUUGAAACAACACUUAGUUGUCAUGGAACGCGUUGUCACAGAAAAUAUUUAUCAACCAAGACAAGCAAUGUACAGAGGAUUGAAUGUUAUUCGUGAUCCAGAUAAAGUAGAACCUGAAAAGGAUAAUGCAAUUGUAGGAUCCCCUGAUCUACUGAUGACAAUGGGACCAACUUUGGAUAGAUUGUGGGCAUACAGCUGUUCUAUUACAAAAGGACGAAAUGUUUCUGGAAUGGCGUGGAACAAGAUGAAUAAAGACAUUUUAGCAGUAGGGUAUGGACAGUUUGGAUUUAAUGAACAGAAUAAAACAAAGAAUGGACUGGCCUGCUGCUGGAAUUUGAAGAAUCCUGAAUAUCCUGAAAGAGUUUUUCACACAAAGGCUGGGGUGACAGCAAUUGACUUUAGUUCUGCAAAUCCUAAUCUUCUCGCAGUCGGUUUAUAUGAUGGAACAGUCUGUAUAUAUAAUGUACGUUCAACAAAAGAUUCUCCAGUUUUGGAUAGUUUUGAAUGUAUCGGAAAACAUUCAAGUCCAGUAUGGCAGCUAUGUUGGAUUGAUAGAGAUCGAGGUACGGGAGAUGAAAAAAGUGAAGUAUUGAUAUCUAUCUGUGCUGAUGGAAGAAUUGUACAAUGGUCAAUAAGGAAAGGAUUUGAAUGCACUGAUUUGAUGAAAUUGAAACGAACAGUUGCUAAAAACCAACAAAAAAAGAAGGAAAAGGCAGAAGCAUUCAUUUCAAGACAAGCCCCUGGGUUAUGCUUUGACUUCCACGCUAAGGACACAAAUAUAUAUUUGGCUGGAACAGAAGAAGGUGCCAUUCACAAAUGUUCCUGUUCUUACAAUGAACAGUACCUUGAUACAUAUGUCGGGCACACAGGACCAAUGUAUAAAAUUCGAUGGUCUCCCUUUUCUCCUGAUGUUUUCUUAUCAUCUAGUGCAGAUUGGAGUAUCAGGUUAUGGAUGCAAUCAGAAUUGAAACCUGUCCUUAAUUUAUUUUCAUCAACCAAAGCAGUUCAUGACAUUUGUUGGUCUCCAUAUAACCCCACGGUCUUCUGCUCAGUCAAUGAAGGUUCAGUAGAAAUUUGGGAUCUUUCCAUUAAUACGCUGGAUCCAAUCAUUGUAAGCUUGGCAAGUCCAGGUAUCAAGUUAAGCUGCGCAACGUUUUCUAAAAAUUCCAACAGUAUUCUUGUUGGGGACAGUGAUGGCCAAGUAUCUAUUUAUCAAUUGAGGGACAUGGGUGGUACAUCUACGAAACAGUCAAAUGCUUUGAUGAGCCUGAUUGAAAGCACAUUGAGCAGUCAACUGCAACGAAAUGAUGACAAGAACUGAAAAUAUAUUUCUUUGUUAUAUUUAUAUCAGAUAAGUUUUUAAUAAAAUUAUUUUUUCAAG